AUGAGACGGGAUGCCUCUGCGGUUAGACGUUCGGACGUCAGCUUUGUUGUCAAUCCCAAGCAACCAACAGACAAAGUCGAGAUGGCCACCGAACAGAGAUAUAACGUUGCGGUACCAGAUGAGAAGAUCCAGGAGCUCCGAGACAAGCUCUCGACGGCCACGUUCCCAGAUGAGCUCGUUGGCGCAGCAUGGGAUUAUGGCUCCCCACUGACAGAUAUCAAACGACUUGCGAAAUACUGGGAGACGGGUUUCGACUGGAGAGCUCAAGAGGAACGACUUAAUGCACUGCCAAACUAUCAUCGUUCGAUCCAGAUUGACGAAUUCCCUGCUCUUGACAUCCAUUACCUUCACCAGGUAUCGGACACUCCUGAUGCCAUUCCACUGUUCUUCUGUCACGGCUGGCCCGGAAGUUACAUUGAAGUAACGAAGAUGCUCAAAGGUCUGAAGGAGAGCCACAAUGGUGUUUCGUUCACUGUCGUCGCACCUAGCUUGCCCAAUUUUGCAUGGUCCGAGGGUGUAAAGGUCAAGGGCUUCGGCUUGAAGCAGUACGCAGAAACAUGCCAUCAGCUAAUGAAGUCCUUGGGGUACGACAAAUACGUUUCGCAAGGCGGUGAUUGGGGCUUCUACAUUACCCGUGCGAUGGGUCUGCUUCAUCCCGAAGCCGUCAUGGCGUCUCAUAUCAACAUGAUCCGAGCAAGCGCACCGACAUGGACGUCUCACCCCUAUCUAGCUCUGAAGCACACAUUCACGCCCUAUAGUGACCGCGAGAGAAAAGGCAUGGAGCGCUCGAAGUGGUUCAUGGACGAGGGUCAAGGUUAUCGUCUGCUGCAGUGCACGAAACCGCAGACACUUGGCUUCUCCCUCCACGAUAGUCCAAUCGGCCUGCUGGCUUGGCUCCUCGAAAAGCUUCACGACUGGACCGACAACUACCCUUGGACUGACGACGAAGUUUUGACCUGGGUCUCAAUCUACUACUUCUCCACUGCCGGCCCAGCAGCCAGCCUACGAAUCUACUACGAGUCCAUCCACCACACACAGAACGGCAUCAGUCGUGACCGGACACAACAGUGGAUUCCGAAAGUCAAGCUCGGUCUCUGUCACUCGCCCAAGGAAAUCACCGUCGUGCCCUCGACAUGGGCACGCACGCUCGGUCCAGUAGUCUACGAGGACUUCAAGGGCAAGGGUGGCCAUUUCGCAGCCCACGAGGUUCCUGAUGAGAUCGUGGGAGAUCUGAGGAAGAUGUUCGGGAAGGAUGGGCCAUGUUACAAGAUCACGGAGCCACAUGCGAAGUUGUGA